AUGGCUUUGAAGAAACGAAGCACGAAGUCGCAAGGGGAACAACUUUAUAUGCUCGAGGUAAUGAUCGAUAAGAUAACUUUGAAUCCUGAACAAACAUCGGACAUUAAUAUCGAGGAUUUGAUCAUUUGCGUGAGAUUCAGCGAUCUACCAGAAUGCGAGAUAAGUGUUCCUAUCAAGGAGAUCGAGCCUAAGAAAGUCACUGAAGAUGGUAAUUCCGAUGAUUUUGGGUAUGGGAAAACGUGUUUGUUUAGUAAAACACCCAGCUGCCUUAUCAGAGCUAUGAGAUGGUCACCUCUGUGCUUGGAAGUGUAUCACAAAGAGACCUCUUCCACGAAGGAAGAUCGUGUUCUUCUAGGUACAGUGAAGAUAUCCUUGCCUGCCUGUAUGUGCAAUUACGUGGCGAAAAUUCCGAAAGAAAACAAAGCGUCGUCCACACCGUGCGAACAGAAAGAUACGUUUGACCUAAUUGAUCCUGGUAGCAAAGUGUUUGGUAGCGUAUCUGUGGUUCUCCGAUUGUCCUGUUUCGGUAGCUCUAUCGUUAAACAGUUCUCGUUAAACGAAAAGUCCUUUGUCCUGGAGGAUUCGCCGCUGCAGAAAUUUCUGUGUCCUUAUCUAUCACCUGAAGAUAAAAACAACGAGAAAGAUCCGAAGAAUGAAGAUGAUAAACCUUUGCUGAAGAGACCAGAAUCUCCGCCACGAGUUACAAUGAACGAUCCUGUCUUUAAAACUUUGACCUCAGCGGAAAAAUUGAACGAUCCUAAGUAUAGAGAGUCAAUUUACAGAGCGUAUCCAAACGAACCAACUUGCUCCUGUCUACCACCGAAUCGGUCGACGGAUCCUAUGAAAUGUCGUUCAGGUUGCACUCGUCCUUGCUGUAUGAGGCUAAGGAAUCCCAAUACACUGACCACGAAAAAAGGCAAACGUGUUAAUAACACAUUGGCUAAUACUUAUUGUGUCAGAGAUCACUUGCCUAUACCGGAAGAAGAUAGAACAUGUGAUAACCCGACUAGAUUGAGAGGUGGUGGCGACCUUGAACAGUUGUACAUAGGUCCUACUAGCAUGAAAUGGACCGACAAUGAAACAGAUUACACCUGGUACGAUGAGAAAUAUAAUACUGAACCCCGACUGGAAGGGGGAGGAGAAAUCAACAUGUCCAGCUGCACUUGUUCCGGUGGCACGGUGCCAGUUCCGCUUAGAUCAUCGUCGUCCAGGGGCAGAGACAUGGUAACCACUUUUGAUGCUUGCAAGCCUCGUAUAACAUCGACUGGACCGAAGCCCACUUGCAUUUGCCCAGGAAAAGAGACACCAACUUGGCCUAGGGGUGCUGCUCGAUGCAUGAAGAAACCGUGUAUGGGGAUAGAUUGUUUGAUACGAGCUUUCGAGGAUGCUCAGGAAUUCGUCAAUUCGAUUGGAAAGGUGCCAGGUCUGCCUGGACUUGGUCUAAUGGAUCCAUCGGAGAGCCCUUACUUUGGCCGGGACAUUGAUAAGGACUAUGUUACUCAGGAACAGCCGCAGGAACCUCAGAAAAAGAAGGCGCAAUCUGGGACUCCGCAAAAAGCAGAAGCUUCAACUCCAAGAUGCACUGGUCCCUGCAAUUCGGCAGUAACCAAACCACCCGAUGAUAUUCGUACUCGAAUGCCUGCGCCCUAUACACCUGCCACUACCGUAGGGUUACAGAUACCUCCACGUUUGGGAAUCGUACGGGAAGCGAUACCUGUUUUACCUGAGGCCGGUUCAACGGCCGGAAGCGUAAAACAGAGAAAGGGGCACGAGAAGAGGGAUGAAAAGGGAGACAAGCACAAGGAUCUCGAUCCUAAAUCAUCCGCGCCGAUAGACGUGGAAGUGGGACCUUGCGGUGAACCUAGGUGCAAAUCUAGGAGGAAGAAGCCUGGGGAUACAGCGAGCGUAAGCCAAAGUGCUACUUCCAUCUCCACGAAAGCUCGAGCCGGUGCGAAGAAGAAACCCAAGUCGCGUCGCAAGGGAAAGGCGGCUAAAGGAAAAGGAAAGAAAGGUCGUCGUGGAAAUCAAUCUGGGAGUCCAUCUGGGAGUCCAUCUGGCAGUCCACAAACCAGUCCAUCCGGCAAACACCAGAAAAUUGGAAACAUUCCUCGUGGGAAGCCUGACUAUAGAGAAAACGAAAGGGGACCCGGUGGUGAUCUCAGCCCUAUUUCGCACCCCGAACUCACCGUCAGCAGACGAGUAAUGCGAUACGUUUACUUCGUCGGCGAUUACUAUCCCGGAAUAGUGUACGGUCAUAAGAACUGUAUCGACGUACCUAUGAGGGUGCCAGCAAACAUGGGUUGGUUAUGGAACAGCAUGGCCACGGCGGGAAAAUUGAAGCCACGUAUCGGUUGGAAGCCUGGAGCCAUUGGUCGCUAUCUGUACGAAAUGCUGCAAGAAGCAAAAGAGAAUACAUUAGCUUCUGACGAGUCCAUCACGAGCUUAACACGAACCAGGGGAAGAACCGAUCGUGGAAAAGGGGGCGCUGAUCGUGGAAGAGGAGGAGCGGAUCGCGGUAGAACGAGAAUGAUACGCGGGAAACCGGAACGCGAUAGAAGUAGAACCGAUCGAGGAAGAACGCGAGACGCGACUGAUCGUACAAGAUCAGCACCAUCAAGGGGGGGAAAGGGCUCGCCCAGAAGACGAGAUGAUAAAACCAGAGGUUUCCAAACGAUGGAGCAAAUGAACAUGGAGGACGAGGAAGAGGAUAUGGAAUCUCCUCCAACUUUACACAUUCAUAGGAAAGAUGGUACUUACUACGUGACAAUGUAUCCCAUCAGACAAGAAUCACCCGGUGAGGCACGUCUAACCGAACCCAUGAAACCGCUUCAAUUCAAAAUUGUCAAGAACAAAGAGGAUGCUUCGGUUGCGUCUAGUUCAACAGCGUCUGACAUGGAGAUUGAAUUUUCGCCUCCUGCCGCUGUCAGUAGGUACCGCAAAAAGCCAGAUGUCGUUCAUGUCGAUACGCAGGUUCGUCAGCAGGAAAUUCUGGAUGCGAUUAAAGCGCAACUUACUAAAAAGAAGGAUAAAAGAAAACAGAAUGUUACAGAUACGCCUAAAACUGACUCUGGUAAGAAAGGAGAUAAGAAACAGCAAGAAAUGGAUUCUAAAUCGGCAAAGGAUAAAAAGAAAGACUCGGCAAAGAAGGAAAGAAAGGCUAAGAAAUAAAAAUGGCGAUUCGAGGUUGUUAAAUUACUACUUUGAAUACGUGAUACGUGAAACAUGCGAAUAUGAUUGUAGAAACUUCUAGGAGAGAUUAGAAGUUAUCAGUUGG